AUGGCAGGCCUCCUCGCGCUGGUGCUCCUGUUCCUCGCCGUCGCCUCCGUGCCGGUACUGGCGACAAACUACGACAUUACCUGGGUCACCGGUGUAGACUACACCGGCUGGGCCUCCGGAAAAUCCAUCACCGUCGGCGACACUAUCAGUAAGUUCUCGAUGCCUUGUGCCAGGAUUCGCUCGACAGCACGGAUGGGUGUCAUUCUUAACCAAGUGGCCGCCGCCUGUUCCUGACGUCUUCUACAGCCUUCCUGUACGGUGGAAGUCACACGGUGGACGAGGUGACCAAGGCGGAUUACGAGUCUUGCAGCUCCAGCACCUCCCUCAGGAGCUCUACCGACGGCAACACCGUCAUUCUCCUGGACGAGGAGAAAACCCGCUACUUCAUCUGCGCUACCGGCGGGCACUGCCUCGGCGGCAUGAAGAUCGCCAUCACCGUCUCUGCCGCCAGCACCACCCCCCCCACGUCUUCCACCCCCGCCACACCGGCCAACCCCUCCACGCCCGCCGGGGGCUCCCCGCCGGAGUCUACCUCCCCAACGAACUCGCCAGCCACGCCGUCGAGCCCCGGGAAGAACGGCGGCGACGCCGUCUCCCAGCCGACGAGGAACGUGAUCCUGGUGGGGUUGGCCCUGGCCGGAAUCGCAAUUCUCAGCUAG